GUAUUCUGAAAAGUGUGGGGUUUUGUUUAACGGUUGUUAUUCUUGUUCGCUCCCCAUCCGGUAAAGAAAAGUAUAUAUAAGGUGGAACAACUCCGUGAUAGAGAACACAGCUUCUCAGUUCGUCGGUCCAGCUCUAAAAUCCAACUGCUUACAACAGAAAGUCGGAGAAGACAGACAACAUGUGUCGCCUCCAUCUCAGUGUCGCGAUAGUCGUCACGUGGGCGGCGCUCACGAUGGCUCAGGGGGAAGACCUGACAAAACAAGAGGGAGGAAAAGGUCCAGCAGUUGUGGAGGCCGUGGUGCGCCUCAUCCGUCAGUCGUGCGUCUUCCCUAACGACCACCUGCUGCUCAGACGAUUAGCAUUCGUCGAGACUAACGACGGUCUUAACCCUGACACCUACAGGGCUGGUUUGAACGGGGGCAUCUGGGCGGUCAGCGAGACUGACUUCCGGAGCACGCAGAAUGACUGGAAUCUUUCUACAUUCUACGCUGACAUCACCGAGAGGUUUGGCAUCGACUGGAACAGCCUGACCUUUGAUCAGCUCCGCAAGCCGAUCUACUCUGGACUGGCCACCGCUCUGUACAUCGCCAAGACGUUCAGGGGGAAAGAUAUCCCCAUUUCCAAGGAGAAGCAGGGUGCUUGGUAUCAGAAAAGCAUCCAUCCCCAGAACAGCAACGCCGACUACAACUACACUAAGCUGUCCGGUCGCCUGGACACUAAAUGCAGAUCUAACAACAUCGACCUUGCUUUUUUGGUCGACUCAUCAUCAAGUUUGAGUGUAGAGGAUUUUAAGAGUGCCAAGACAUUCGCCUCCAAUGUCCUGGAUACUUUCAACAUCGCCCCGGACUCGGUCCAGAUCGCAUUCACGACCUUCAGCUCAGAUGUCCAGCUGCAGUUUAAUUUCAACAACUACAGCUCCAAGGAGGCCGUCAAGAACGCCAUCAGUCGCGUGGAGAAGGAAGCGGGCGAAACAGCCACCGACAAGGCCCUCGACUUUGCUGCCUCGGAACUCUUCACCGCCGCAGGUGGCGUUCGCCCCAACUCGGCAAAGGUGGCAGUGUUGCUGACGGACGGUAACGCGGACAGACAGUCCAAUGCCGUCGCUAGCGCUCAGAAGCUCAAGGACUUAGGCGUUACUAUCUUUGUCAUCGGUGUGGGUGACGAGGUGGACCGUAGCAAGUUGGAGAGCUUGGCCUCUAACCCUGUGUGCACCCACGUUGAACACUUGGCCAACUACACGGUUCUUAACCUGAUCCUGUCCGAAAUUCGUCAGAUGUCUUGUGAAGCUCCAGUAGUGAUUCAUGAAAAAGAUCUCCCGCAGAAGUUUCCUUGCGGCACCUCCAUCAACUUUAUGAUCUCAUUUAGCGGUCCUGCCACAGUUACAGUCCAGCCGACUCAGGGCUUUGUCAACAUCUACGGCUCUUUCUUCAACUCCCAGCAAUCGUCGAUCUCCAGAGCCAGCGCAUCCCAGGAGGCCAUCAUCUACGUCAACCAGACGUUGUACAUCAACGUUGAUGCCAGUGGAAACGACCCCGCCAUCUGCCACGCAAACAACACGUAUACACUGACCAUCCAGGCUCCCCCGACUUCUACGUUUGCACCAGAGACGAACGCCACCUGCAAGUAUGGGCUGAAGGACGGUGACCUGUUCUACCACCCGUACCCGAAGGACCCAGCCAAGUUCAUCCAGUGCGACGAGUUUGGACAAGCUUUCCUCCAGAACUGCCCGAAAGGGCUGGUGUGGAGCCAGUCUGUCCUCACCUGCAUCCGUCCUUAAAGCAUAUGAACACAUGAUCUCGACAAAGUUCAACUCAGAAAGGGCUAUUCAAUACUGGGCAACAAUUUGGACGGUUCAUCAUGAUCGUGCUGCAGAAUUGGUGACACUGUUAUUUUCCCAAAUAAAUCACCACUUGCCUUUGUGUGUAGACCCGAAAGGGUAAACGCUCUGCUGGGUUUAUAAUAAAAUCUUUGAAGCAGCAA